AUGUUUGGAUCCCUGUCAACCUGUCAGAACAAAUCCUCAUCGUUUGUCUGCUCUGGCAGUGGGUUUGGGUGUCAUUACCUUCACCUCCACAAAGGGGAGUGCAAGACUGAUCAAUACCAGGAGGGAUGCAGAGUGUAUAAACCCCUCAAAAAUGGAAGUGAGUGCUGGAAAAAGGAAAACCCCAGGCGGUCAGCUGAAGCGGACUCGACUGGGGAGAUCCUUGGUUUUGACAGCCGAUGCUUCUUCUCCAGUCUGACCAGACAGAACCGGAGUCAGUUUCCUUCGUUCAUCAGCACAGUGGAGGGGCGCUGUUACAGACACAGGUGUACUGGACCAAACAGGUACCAAAUCCACGUGUCAGGCUCUGAGUGGGUGGAGUGUCCAGCAGGGGGAAGCAUUCAGAUUGAAGGAUACCAGGGUUCAGUUUCCUGUCCUGACAGGAGGUUGUGUCUGUACUCUGACAUCACUCCUCCUUCAGACGCCGUCGAUACAUUUCCUGCUUCCAUCAUCAGAGAUCCAUAUGGGACUUUAACUUCAGCCCAGACCUGGACCUCUUUGUCCUUCGGUGUCAAAACAUCUCUCAGCAUCACUGCUGCCGUGUGUCUCCUGGCUGCAGUCUUGGUGUCUUACAGAAAAUGUUGCUCCUGCAGGAUCAGGAUCCACACCAGCACAGAUGAACACAGUAAUCUGUAGGAAACACAGCCUCUAAAACCGGCUUUAUAAACUUUAAUUGUUCAAUAAUUUUGUUUGUCUCUUCUUAGUAAUUUAUCUGAAGGCUGUGUUGUAAUUGUAGAGUUAUUCAGUCAGAGAAAAAAUGCCUUUUUAUGACAAUUUUUAUUGAACAGAGUAAUGUGAAAACAUAAAGAUAAUCUGCUGUGAUCAAACGCAGCUCAAAAAUAUCAAUCAGCUGGUUUCUCACCCUACAUACAUUAUAUUGAUCAGAAAUGAUACCAAAAAAACAUAAUGAGGAAACAUGGCCAAACCAAAAAACAGUAUCUAUAUAUAUAUAUAUGACCCUAACAGAAAAACUAAGAUGAAAAUGAUAAA